CCCGCUGCUGCUGCCCUGCCCGCGGUGAGUGAGGGACGGGGGACAGAGGGACAGAGGGACAGAGGGCCGGACGGAGCGGGGACAGCGGCCGGACCCGCACACACCCCGAACAUCCCGGCCCGGCCUCCUUCCCGCUGGGCGCACCCUGAUCCCGGUUUACGCAUCCAUGAAUAUUUGUAUUUCCAAGUGCUGAGUCCUGGAGACAUCCGCUACAUCUUCACUGCCACCCCAGCCAAGGAUUUCGGUGGCGUGUUUAACACAAGGUACGACCAGAUCCACCUGGUCCCAGCGGAUCCCCCGGAGGCCUGUGGAGAGCUGAACAAUGGGGUCUUCAUCCAGGACCAGAUCGCCUUGGUGGAGAGGGGGGGCUGCUCCUUCCUGUCCAAGACACGCGUGAUCCAGGAGCACGGCGGGCGGGCGGUGAUCAUCGCCGACAACGCCUACGACAACGACAGCUUCUACAUCGAGAUGAUCCAGGACAGCUCCCGGCGCACGGCCGACAUCCCCGCGCUCUUCCUGCUGGGCAGGGACGGGUACAUGAUCAGGCGCUCCCUGGAGCAGCACGGGCUCCCCUGGGCCGUCAUCUCCAUUCCUGUCAACGUCACCAGCAUUCCCACCUACGAGAUGCAGCAGCCCCCCUGGACCUUCUGUGUGGGGUACAUGAUCAGGCGCUCCCUGGAGCAGCACGGGCUCCCCUGGGCCGUCAUCUCCAUUCCUGUCAACGUCACCAGCAUUCCCACCUACGAGAUGCAGCAGCCCCCCUGGACCUUCUGGUAG